AACACUCGGUUGGAUUUGCAAGCAAUGAGCAUUAGGAAAGAAUUGCAUCCAAUAAAAAUUGGGGUUAAAUAUGACUUACCAACGGCAUGUUAUACAUUAUCUCCUGAAAAGAAGUACAGGUUUUUCAGUUUCUUGAAGAACUUAAAGGUCUCAGAUGGAUUUUCAUCAAAUAUUUCCUAGUGUGUCAACCUUAAAGAUCGCAAAACUUUCAGGUUUAAAAAGUCAUGAUUGCCAUGUUCUUCUGCAACAUUCACUUCCACUUGCUCUGUGGGGCAUGCUAUACAAAUUUGUGUGUGAACCGCUUAUUGAGUUGUUGUUUUUUUCAACGUGCUUGGAUCGAAAUAUUUAAGUGUGGAUGAAUUAGAGCAGAUAAAUGCCCAAAUCCCAAUAACUGAGUGCAAGCUAGAAAAAGUCUUCCCUCCUACAAUUUUGAUGUCAUGGAGCACUUGCCAAUUCAUUUAGCUAAUGAAGCUAAGAUUACUGGACCUUCUCAAUAUCGAUGGAUGUAUCCAAUGGACCGAUAUAUAUACUUUAUGAAACCAUUUAUUCGUAAUAGGGCUUGCGCAGAAGGUUCUAUUGCAGAGGGAUAUUUAGCAACUGAAUGUAUGACCUUAUGUUCAAGGUAUAUACAUACAAUGGAAACAAAGUUUAAUCGCCUUGAACGAAAUUAUGAUGGUGGUAUUAUAGAAUCUGAUGGAGGUUUAACAAUUUUUUGUCAACCCGGAAGAGCUUUAAGAGGUGGCAAACCACACAAACUUGAUUCAAAUGAACUGGAGCAAGCACAUAUUUAUAUUUUGAAGAAUUGUGAUGAAAUUCAACCAUUUCCCGUAGAGUUUUCACUAACUCCAGUUGAUACCUCUCAAGAAAAUUUUGACAGGCAAUUCAUUGGUUGGUUAAAAGAAAAGGUUGAAGGAUUACACAAAUGCAAUGAUAGUAAAAAAAAAAUUGCAGAUUUGCUCUCAUUGUCACGUGGUCCCAUGACAUAUGUGACAAGUCAUCGCGGGUACCUUAUUAAUGGAUAUAGGUUUCAGGUGCAAGAUUAUGAUAAAGGUUUGGGAACUCAGAACUGUAGGGUGGUUGUAGUUGUAGAGACAGAUGAAGAGAAUAAGAACAUUGAUUACUAUGGAGAACUAACAGAUAUACUAAAAUUAUAA